AUGCCGCGGUACUGCGCCGCCACCCGCUGCAAGAACCGCGGCGGCCAGAGCGCCAAGGACCACCGCAAGCUCAGCUUCUACCCAUUUCCACUCCAUGAUAAAGAGAGACUUGAGAAAUGGUUGCGGAAUAUGAAGCGAGAUUCAUGGACUCCAAGUAAGCACCAGCUCCUCUGCAGUGAUCAUUUUACCCCCGAUUCCCUGGAUGUGCGAUGGGGGAUACGGUACUUGAAAAAUACUGCUGUUCCAACUAUUUUCUCUUCCACAGAUGAUGAGGAAAAAGAUUCUUCUCAGAACAGUCCACAACAGGUACAGAAAGAAGACCAGAAACAAACAAAUGUUGUGUCAGAGAAAGCAUCUGUAACACUUGAACCUUGUACACCAAAGAAAAAUUCAGUUAUUGCACAAAAUGUAGACAAAAAAGCAGAAGUGGUUUGCUUAACUGCACUGAGUAAACCUUUGCAAAUUGAAAACCUGCAGAUUGCAAAUGAAGGUGGCUUUCUGGCAGACAGUGUCAUUCUUGGUAGUUCAUCUAAGCAGUACGUGCAUGAGCUUAAUCCUGUUUUAAUGACAGCAGCAGUCCAGAGCAUGGAAGCUACCAGUGUUCAUACUUCUGCAGAGGAUUCAGGAGUUUGUACAGCUACAGUCCUGCAGUUUACAGACCCUAAUUACUUGAAUUCAUCUCUGAAACUGAACAGUGCUUUAGGGUUGGUUACUGACUGUGCAGUUGAAAAUUCUAUUCCUCACAUGGUCUGUUCUGGUGAAGUGCAGACAAGUGAAGAUGCAGUUUUACUGAGUACAGUCACACAAACUAUUGAACAGUUCAGUGGAAGUGAAGAGUCUGUCAUUGCUAUUAUUAUGCCAGCUGAGAGUUCCAAAGAGCCUGAAAGAGUAAAUUGUUCUUUCCUGCCUGCUAAUGAAGAGCUUCUUGAGACAGAGGAGACAGAAGUGAUUGAAUAUGACAGAAAUGAAAUACUGAAGACUGAGCAUUCAUACUGCAGACAAGACACAGACAGAGAUCACCUUUGGCAAAAUAUUUCAAAACUCCACUCUAAGAUAAAUUUACUUGAAAUGCAGGAGGUAAAAACUUUGGGGAGACUCAGGUCCUUGGAAGCUCUUAUUAAACAGUUGAAGCAAGAAAACCUGCUUUCUGAAGAAAAGCUGAAGAUGGUAGAAAACUACUUAACAACACUCGAAGUGACUAUGAUACAGUAAAGGCUUUCAGCUGAUGGUCCUAAAAUAUCAUUUUAGCCUCUUUGACUGUACUUUUGGACAAAUUAACUUUUUAUUCCAGUUGUGUUUUAAACAUCUCAUGCAAAUUGUUUGAAUAGCAAAUAUUCUUUAAAAUGUUAUACCAACCAAAGCAAAGUGGUAGAAUGUUGUCUGUAAAACAUGACUGGCAAGUGAGGUUUUAAAAAAAAAACCUGAAUUGGGCAAAGCUUUCUUUAGUCUGUAAAUCAAGUCAGUAAAAGAUAAUUUAACCCUUUGUUAGCUGCAGGCUUCUCUAAACAUGCAAUGCCUGCAUUUGGGACAGCAGUAGAAUGGACAGAAUAAGCAUAUAGGAUGAACAAUUAUACACAUAUAUAUUUGCAUUGUCCAGUGAGGCCAAAAUUGCUCUUUAGUUUUCUGUUUAUCUAACAUUUGUUCUGAUAGUUUUUGUAUGCUUUGAUAUUACUAAAAUUAUUUCUGCAUAAAAGGUGUUUUCUUUCAUUUGUUUCUAGAAACAAAAAAAUCACAUGAAUAUUCUUCCAAUGGACAGGCCCAUCUCAUUUUUAAUUUUUUUUUUGUUAUGAUUCAGCUUAAGUGGAAAGCAAUCACAGAUUUUUUUGCUAGUUAGUAAAAGGGAAAGCUCUAUUUAGUGAGUGUUGUCUGCAUUGAUUCUCUUGCAGCCUACAGCUGGAUAAUGCAUCUACCCUUAAUAAUACACUGAAGAAAACAAUGUUCUGCAGAGCUGGUUGCUAGUCAAAGUAGAAUAAUUUUACUUUUCAGGAAACAGAAUUAUAGAACUAGAAAAUUACUCCCCUCUACUGAUUUUAUUAACUACUUCUAGUGCAUAGAUUAUCACUAUAGUAAACAGAUAUUAUGAUUUAUUUUGAGGAAAAUUGAUUUGCUUGUACAGUUUCUGCUUAGUCUGUCAGUAUGCCACCCUUUGGAUCUAGUUUGCUGUAUGCUUUAGUAACAGUGAAAAAGUCCUAGAUCAUCUGGUCUCUGACUAGACAUCAUAGCUGCGCUAGGUGUUCCUUGUUACACCCCUUCCAGCUGAGCUCUUCUAUUAUAUUAUAUUUUACAACCAUUAGAUUGCUUGAGAAUGUGUUCUUCUUUAUUCAAAGUGGUGUCAUCCCCACUGCACAAGUUCAAUCUAGGACUGGAGCAAAUGGCUUCCUUUUCAA